UCUGGAUCCUUGAAACAUGACGGGCAAAUAAGAGAAAGAGAUAAAAACGGCAGAAGGGCGCCGGAGUGAAAAUCCGUAAUAAUUUCGGUAUAUUUAGGCUUUGGAGGAUUCUUUGUGGAUUAUUCAAGCACCAGGAGAGAGGGAGAAUUGAAAAUCAUGGUACUUGAAAGUACUAUGAUAUGCAUUGAUAAUAGUGACUACAUGCGCAAUGGCGAUUUUGUGCCAUCGCGCAUUCAGGCCCAGCAAGAUGCCGUCGGUAUGGUGUGCCAUGCCAAGACGCGCUCCAAUCCGGAGAACAACUGUGGCCUCAUUACCUCCGCCGGGGGUCAGGUGCUGACCACCCUCACCACAGAUGCCGGACGCAUUCUCUCCAAACUGCACGAGGUCACGCCCAACGGAGAGUCCAACUUCCUCAGCAGUCUGCGCAUCGCUCACCUGGCCCUCAAGCACCGUCAGAGCAAGAACCACAAGACCAGAAUCAUCUUUUUCGUCGGCUCGCCGAUCGACUGUGACGAAAAGGAGGUGAUCAAAGUCGCCAAGCGGCUCAAGAAAGAAAAGGUCAACGUGGACAUCGUCAGCUUUGGAGAGGAGGCGGCCAACACAAACCUGCUGAGCCAGUUCAUCAACACCAUCAACGGCAAGGACGGCACCGGCAGCCACCUGGUGACGGUGCCGACGGGGCCGCACCUCUCCGACGCGCUCGUCUCGUCACCCAUUCUGCAGGGCGAGGAUGGCGCCGGCGCGCCCGGCAUCGGCGGCGGGUCGGGCUUCGAGUUCGGCGUCGACCCGAACGAGGACCCGGAGCUGGCGCUGGCGCUGCGUGUCUCCAUGGACGAGCAGCGCGCGCUGCAGCAGCAGCAGGAGAGCCGCGAGCCGGCGCCGGCGGCCGGCACCGGCGGCGCGGCCGGCGCGGCGCCCGCCGGCCGGCCCGCUGCCGCCGCCGGAUCCGAGGAAGCUAUGCUGGAACAGGCGCUGGCCAUGUCGAUGGGAGGCGGCGGCGGCACUCCGGCGGCGCCCGACUUUGCCUCCAUGACCGAAGAGGAGCAGAUUGCUUACGCCAUGCAGAUGUCGAUGGCCGACCAGGCUGCCGAGGAGACGCCCACGCCGAUGGAGACUGACCAGGGCGAGGAGAAGAAGAAGGGUGGCGACGACGACUACCUAGAGGUGGUGUCCGAUCCGGCGUUCCUGCAGUCGGUGCUGGAGAACCUGCCCGGCGUGGACCCGCAGUCGGAAGACGUCCGACGCGCCAUGGGCAACAUCGCCCGCCAGCAGCCGCCGCCCAAAGAGGACGACAAGGACAAACAAAAGUAGGCGCGCCGCCCCGGUCCACUGCGCGGCGCGCGCCCCGGCCCCCACCGCGCGCCCCCGGUCUGUCUCGGUGGUCUCUGCCGCUCCCCAAUACGGCAGAGUGGCGCGGCACUGAUCAACAGCUCUCCCUAGCGCAUCACAGCCGGUGACUUUCUCGCUGUUCUUUCUCGUGGUCCUUCUUUGGAGAUGUGUGACCUCUGUCUCACCGAACGGGGAACGGCCGAAGCCGAGGAGAAUUUGAUCGAGACAAUACACGGUUAUUAUUGGCA